ACAAACACAACUUACGACUGAGACAUUUACAUUUAAAAACUUUUUUUCAUGACUUGAAUUAAAUGGAGUCCUAUCAUAUUAUUUACUGAUCUUCAUAUGUCAGCAAUGAUUGAGCAGUGGAAAAGAACCCAUUAUUGUAUAUCACACUUGCACAAAAAUAUUCAGAAAUGUCAUAUACUAGAAAAAGUAAACACUGCAUUCAGGAUGAAGUCUUUCAACAGCAGGAUAUCGAGUUUGUCCCUUAUCAGUACAACUUCACCGUCCCCUGCUUAGUUUUCAGUUUUUAUUUGAAAAGCUUCACACUUUCUUGGUAACGUAAACAGAUGAUUCUUUCACUCCUCUUUUCUCUGUUAGUGUAAUCAAUUUUUUGACUUCCUCCUUUUGGAGUGGCUGGGCUGAAUGCUAGAACACAGGAUAUGCUUGCUCUCAGUUUCACAGCAACAGCAACAGCAGCAGUUGCAGCAGCAGCAGCAGCAGCAGCAGCAGCAUAGAGGACGACACGCUCUGCAGUCAAGAUGAGUGCUGGGGAUGUGGUCUGCUCUGGCUGGCUCAUUAAAUCUCCCCCGGAGAAAAAACUCAAGCGAUUUGCUUGGAGAAAACGUUGGUUUGUCUUGCGAAGAGGGCGCAUGAGCGGUAACCCCGAUGUGUUGGAAUACUACCAAAGUAAAAGUUCCAAAAAGCCAAUCCGCACCAUUGACCUGAAAGAGUGCGAGGUGGAAAUGCUGAAUGGGCAACUUGGGAUAAAGCGUGACUUGACAGAAAAGCAUCUGUUUGUGGUGAAGACCUCUGCUCGUAUGUUCUACCUGGUGGCCAAGACUGAAGAGGAGAUGAACAGCUGGAUCAGCAGCAUCAGCCACAUUUGCCAGUUUGGCAACCAUGAGGAAGCAGGAAGUUCAGAAGAAGGCUUUCCUCACACUUCGACCUCACUUCAGCCGUCAAGUGACAGCUCUGACCGGGUGUCUCGGUCAAGUCAUCAGGACUCCAGUCACCCACCAGAUUAUCUUGUCCUUUCACAAUGCGGGACGGGGAGUGGAAGCACUUGUAGGCAUAGCAGUUUUUCAAUCUCAGAGACCUCUUUGGAGCAGAAGUCGACAGAAGAUGUUUUCAAGGACAUCGUGCCCUCCCCUCCCUGCAGUGAUUCCUCAUCAUUUCACUGCAUUUCUCAGUUUCGCCUCAGUCCAUCUCCUUUUGCACAUGGGAUGCUGAGCAACCCUCCUCUCAGCGCUCCAUGUAGUUCCCUCGCACCACCUUCCUCAUCUCCACUGCACCUCUGUGCCAUGAGCGUCUUCCGAUUUGACAAACCGUACUCCUGUGCGUCAUUUGAGUCCGCGAAUGACAGGCAAACACCUCCUCCGCUGCCACCUAAACCGAACCAUCUGUCCGAUGAAGGCAUUCGCAGGCCGAGGGCAAUGAGUGCACGGCAUUUCCCAAAACAUGCUGCACUGCUUUCCCGGAGGACAUCAUUGUCAAGCCUGGACCAUUUCACGAUUGGAGAUGCUGACAGCAGAUCAACAGGGAAUAGAAGGCAGACUCUUAAUUUGAAGUCCUCUUUAAAUCCCACACAGGUUCAAAGCCAGCAAGACGAGUCCUACAUCCCCAUGGUUUCCAUCUCUUCAUGUGUUAGCACCGUUGAAGGUGAUGCUUACAUUCCCAUGAGCCCCAUCAGCAUUGCCGAUACAAACAGCAAAGUCAAGGCCUCAAAGACCCUCAGCUCCCUCAUGUGCCAACCGGGAGAAUUUCCACCUCCUCCGAUACACCGACAUCUUAAACCUUGCUUGAGGAGAGACCAUAUUAAAGACCUUGCUGUCCUCUCUGGAUUCACAGCUCGACCCCCACCUCUUGAUUUGAGAGGCCUCUCGACAAUCACUGAAUGUCCCGCUCAUCAUCCUUUGAGCAGAACAAUGACUGAUUCAUGUUUCAACUUUUCUGCAACUUAUGAAGGAAGUCUCGAGAAUGGGGCCACAGAUGAAGAAGACCCAAACUGUGCCACAAUGGAGUCAAGAAAACACUUCUCCCUCAAUGUCGAAGGAGUCAUUCAACCUUGGGCAAGACGAUCAAACCUUGACUACUUGUCACUGGAUUUCAAUUCAGCUUCUCCUUCUCCUGUCCAGAAGAAGCCUCUUCUGUCUGAUGAACACCGGGUGGAUUACGUGCUGGUGGAUGAGAAGAAGACUCAGGCAUUACAAAACACCAAGAUGGAAUGGAUAGAUGUGCGACAGUCUAAAACAUAAGUGGCAAAGACCCAAAGUAAAUAUCAAACAUUAUUUUGGUUGGUCUGAUAUUCACAGAAACAAUAUUGAAGCAAAAGCUUCAGCAGCUUGAACUUGCACUGGAAAAAUUACAGUAAAUCUGUUUCAUGAGUUCUCAAUGGUCUGAAAUGUAGCAUAAUGUUUUUGUAUGUAUUUGUGAAGAAUUUCAGAAUGACCUGAAUCACACCAGGAUUUGCUGCCUAGCAUUUACUUUCAUGACUAUUCUAUUCAUCAAUCUAUUUUCUAUGAACUAAUAUAACUCGAAACUAAUUCGAGUC